CUCGCCCGAGAUCUGCCUCCCACGGAUCCCAGCCGUGCGGCCCUCCACCAUCACAGGCAUGCGGGGGGCCCGGGUGCUGCUGCUGCUGGGCCUGCGGCUGCGGCUCUCCCUCGGCUUCAUCCCAGUUGAGGAGGAAGACCCUGCCUUCUGGAACCGCCAGGCAGCCCAGGCCCUGGAUGUCGCUAAGAAGAUGCAGCCCAUCCAGACAGCUGCCAAGAACCUCAUUCUCUUCUUGGGGGACGGGAUGGGGGUGCCCACGGUGACAGCCACUCGAAUCCUAAAGGGGCAGAUGAAUGGCAAGCUAGGACCUGAGACACCCCUGGCCAUGGACCAAUUCCCAUACCUGGCUCUGUCCAAGACAUACAACGUGGACAGACAGGUGCCAGACAGUGCAGCCACGGCCACUGCUUACCUGUGUGGGGUCAAGGCCAACUAUAGGACCAUUGGUGUAAGUGCAGCCGCCCGCUACAACCAGUGCAACACGACACGUGGCAAUGAGGUCACGUCUGUGAUGAGCCGGGCCAAGAAAGCAGGGAAGUCAGUGGGAGUGGUGACCACCACGAGGGUGCAGCAUGCCUCGCCAGCCGGCACCUAUGCACACACGGUGAAUCGUAACUGGUACUCAGACGCCGACAUGCCUGCCCAGGCGCUGACGCAGGGCUGCCAGGACAUCGCCACGCAGCUCGUCCACAACAUGGACAUUGACGUGAUCCUGGGUGGAGGCCGGAAGUACAUGUUUCCUGAGGGGACCCCAGACCCUGAAUACCCAGACGAUGCCAGUCAGAAUGGAAUGCGGAAGGACAAACAGAACCUGGUGCAGGAAUGGCAGGCCAAGCACCAGGGUGCCCAGUACGUGUGGAACCGCACGGCGCUCGUUCAGGCGUCGACGGACCCCAGUGUAACACACCUCAUGGGCCUCUUUGAGCCGGCAGACAUGAAGUAUGACGUCCAGCGAGACCACACCAAGGACCCAUCCCUGGAGGAGAUGACAGAGGCGGCCCUACGGGUGCUGAGCAGGAACCCCCGUGGCUUCUACCUCUUCGUGGAGGGAGGCCGCAUUGACCACGGUCACCAUGACAGCAUAGCUUAUAUGGCGCUGAACGAGGCCGUCAUGUUCGACACUGCCAUUGCCAAGGCUAGCCAGCUCACUAGUGAAGCGGACACACUGAUCCUUGUCACUGCUGACCACUCCCAUGUCUUCUCUUUUGGUGGCUACACACUGCGUGGGACUUCCAUUUUCGGGUUGGCCCCCAGCAAGGCCUCUGACAACAAGUCCUACACCUCCAUCCUCUAUGGCAAUGGCCCUGGAUACGUGCUUGGUGAGGGCUCAAGGCCAGAGGUCAACGACAGUGAAAGCAGGGACCCCCUGUACCGGCAGCAGGCGGCCGUGCCCCUGUCGAGCGAGACCCACGGCGGCGAGGAUGUGGCGGUGUUCGCGCGCGGCCCGCAGGCGCACCUGGUGCACGGCGUGCAGGAGCAGAGCUUCGUGGCGCAUGUCAUGGCCUUCGCCGCCUGCUUGGAGCCCUACACCAACUGCAGCCUGCCCGCCGCGGCCGGCCGCCCCAGCGCCGCGCACCCGGGUCCGGCCGUCGGCCCGCCCUCGCUGGCGCUGCUGGCCGUGGCGCUGCUGCUGCUGCUGCUGCUGGAGCCCGCCCUGCACUGA